AUGGAUGGCAACAGACAAAGGCGAACACUGGAGUGCUGGUGGAUGGCUCUGCUAUUUUCUCUGCUGCUGUGCCUGGGGAAACGAAUUUCGGCUCAGAUAAGGUAUUCCAUUCCGGAAGAAUUGAAAGAAGGAUCAGUUGUAGGAAAUGUUGCUAAAGAUUUGGGUCUUGAUGUGAGUGCUUUAGGAGACAGGCGGCUUCGUAUUGUUUCAGGUUCUGAUGAUGCUCCUUUUCAAUUAAACACGAACAAUGGCGUUUUGUACAUCAGCAAGAAAAUCGAUAGAGAAGAAAUAUGUAAUGGAAAUCAUCCUUGCCUGCUAAAUCUGAAAAUGGUGGUUGAAGAUCCACUAGAGAUUCAUUACAUAGGGGUUGAAAUUACAGAUGUGAAUGACCACUCUCCAAGAUUCACUGAAAAAGAGAAACGAUUGGAAAUAGCUGAAUCAACUGUUCAAGGCUCCCGUUUUCAGUUGCAAGCUGCACGCGAUCCGGAUGUUGGAGUGAACUCUGUGCGCCUAUAUAAAUUGAGCCAAAACGAAAAUUUUGAUGUGGAAAUAAGGGACCGGGGAGACGACAAACUUCCUUUUUUGGUUCUACAGAAGCCUCUCGACCGCGAGCGCAAAGCUGAGCAUAAUUUAGUUUUAACAGCAAUCGAUGGAGGAAGUCCACCCAGGUCAGGUACGCUUAAUAUAACAAUUAUUGUUCUUGACGUUAACGAUAACCAUCCUGUAUUUAGUCAAGACGUAUAUACUACAACGCUGAAUGAAAACAUACCAAUAGGAACGCUGGUACUGAAAAUACUGGCGAAUGAUUAUGAUGAGGGUCCGAAUGGUGAAGUGUCUUAUGUAUUUGGAGGUGACCAACACCAGAACGUAUUUGAUAUUUUUAGUUUAGAUAAUUUAGCUGGUGAAAUCCGAGUUAAAGGCGAGGUAGAUUUUGAAAAGCAAAAUAUUUAUAAGUUAGAUAUUCAGGCUUCAGAUAAUGGGCAGCCGCCCUUGACAAAUGAUUGCAGAGUUAUUAUAAAGAUAUUGGAUGUGAAUGACAAUAAGCCGAACAUAGAGGUGACCUCGCUGUCCAACAUAGUUCCUGAAGAUUCCAGGCCUGGGACUGUAAUAUCGCUCAUUAGCGUUAAUGACAGAGACACUGGUGUGAAUGGGAAAGUUGUGUGCUCUCUCUCAGAAAGCCUACCAUUUGAAUUAAAACCGUCAGUUCAGGACAACAUAUACUCUCUAGCAACCAAGGGACAUCUAGACAGAGAGCUGAUUCCACAUUAUGACAUAACAAUAACCGCUACAGACUUAGGACAGCCUCCUUUAUCCACUGUUAAAACACUGAGCAUCCAAAUUUCAGAUGUGAAUGAUAACAGGCCAGUAUUUCUCCACAAUCCUCUAGAACUGUAUAUAUCUGAGAAUAAUUCUCCAGGUGCUUCCAUAUUCUCGGUUAGUGCUUCUGACGAAGAUGUGCAUGAAAACGCUAUGAUAUCAUAUCAGAUACUGAGAGGCGAGGUGGUUAACAAUGACAUGUCUUUGUUUUUAAACGUUAAUUCUGAAACUGGUGUUAUUCGUGCGCUAAAGAGUUUCGACUUUGAAACAAUCAAAACGUUCCAGUUCCACGUGCUCGCUACUGAUUCUGGAACCCCAUCACUGAGCAGCAACGUCACAGUGAACGUGUUCAUUCUGGAUCAGAACGACAACGUUCCAGUGAUCUUAUAUCCAGUCAGCUCUAACGGAUCUGCUGAAGGUGUGGAGGAGAUUCCCCGCAAUGUGAACGCAGGACAUUUGGUGACUAAAGUGAGAGCCUAUGACGCAGAUAUAGGAUACAACGGCUGGCUAUUAUUUUCACUGCAGGAAGUGAGUGACCACAGUCUGUUUGGUUUGGACCGCUAUACAGGACAGAUAAGGACCCUUCGCUCGUUCACAGAAACAGACGAGGCUCAGCAUAAACUGGUCAUAUUGGUCAAAGACAAUGGCAACGUUUCACUUUCAGCAACAGCGACUGUGAUUAUCAAAGUUGUGGAGCCCAAAGAGGCUUUUGCAGCUUCUGAUGUUAAAAACGCAGUAAAAGACGAGGAGGACAGUGACGUCACAUUUUAUCUGAUCAUCACUCUGGGCUCAGUUUCAGUGCUUUUUGUGAUCAGUAUCAUUGUGCUGAUUGUAAUGCAGUGCUCCAAAUCUACAGACUGUUCCUCCAAGUACUUACAAGAUACAAAUUACGACGGGACACUGUGUCACAGCAUCCAGUACAGAUCAGGAGAUAAGCGGUACAUGUUAGUUGGACCCAGAAUGAGUAUCGGUUCUACUAUAGUCCCGGGCAGUAAUGGGAAUACUCUAGUGGUACCAGAUCGCAGGAGGAGAACUUCUGGAGAGGUAAGAGUGACUUAUUUUGAAUAA